UUGUUCGAUAUUUUGUCACCGUGUCUCUUCCUUGAAAUUCAUAUGAAUCCGUAUUUAGCUAUGUUAUUCCUGGAAUUCCAAUCACAUGUAUGUUCAACCUUGACAAUCGCAACUAUAAGUUUUGAGAGAUGUUACGUUUUGAGAUACCCACUCAGGGUUCGCACGCUCUUCACUUUAAAAAGAAUGUUAAUUGUUACAGCAAUUAUCUGGGUAAUUUCAAUUUUGUGUGCAACUCAUGUUCUUCAUAACGACUACAGGUAUGUGCUUAUUUUGAAUGGUGAGUUCGACGAGUGGAAACCUAUAACACACUUUAUAACUCCGGCAGUCAUCCUAAUAGUAUUUUACGUCAUUACAUCUGUAACCCUCAUUAGAGCAAUACACAGUACCAGUAAUCGUUUACAAGAGUCGAACCAAAGUAAAGAGUUUACACACCCGAUUCUCAGAAAUCAAAAAAAGAUCCUUAUAAAAAUGACCAUUGUGGCUGUUGUCUCUCUGUGCAUGACGUCACCGAAUACAAUAUGCCGUUAUUUGCUGAUUGCCGAAUUCAAUAAAAAAAAACAGUUUGCCUAUUGA